AUGUCAGGUGCUGCUAUAGGAGUAGAAAACAGAUGCUUGAUGAAAAAUAAGAACAACAAAAAUAGUAGUUGUGAAAAUGUAAAUGUGGAUAUUAAUUAUAUAAUAAAAGAUAUAUACGGUUAUAAAAAUUGUAAGAAAAGAUGUAUACAAUUUAUUGAGGAUGAUACGAUAUGUAAUGAUGAUAUAGAUUUAAGAAAGAUGAAAAAUAAAAAAAUAAAAGUAGAAAACAUGUGGUACAAAAGACAUGAUAGUAAUGACAUGAAUAAUAAUAAUAAUGAUAAUAAUAAUAAUAAUGAUAAUGAUAAUGAUAAUGAUAAUGAUAGUCAACAUAAUAAUAGUAAUAAUAAUGAUGUAGAUAAUAAUACUUUUAAGAGAUAUAAUAAUUAUAAUGAAAAGUAUGAAGAAAAUCAUAAUAUGGAAAAAGAAGUAUACCAUGCAUGUUCAAUACAAUCACGAGAAAGAUCCUGUGUUAAUGAUUUUAGUAAUAAUAAUAAUAAUAAUAAUUAUUAUUAUAUGACUUAUCAAAUGAAUGAUGAGCAUAUAAAAAAUAGUAAUAAUAUAAAAAUUCAUAACAAUGUUAAUAUAAAUAUGAGUAGUAAUAAUGUAGAUAAUAAUGAUGAUGCAAAUAGUAUGGACAGUAAUGUUGAUUCUAAUAAUAUGGAUAAUAGUAAUGAUACACAUAAUGUUAAUAAUAAAGAUGAUACAAAUAAUAAAUAUAAUGAUGAUAAUCAUAAUUAUUAUCAUAAAAAACGAAAUAAACAACAACCUGUCUUUUCUUCAAACGAACAUGAAGAUAAAUAUGUAUUAUCCAAGAAAACGGAAUCGCUUAUGGAUACCAUUUUAUUUAAUAUACAUUCAUGUAGUGAAAUGAAUCAAGCUAAAAAAAUUAUGUUACCUUUAUUAAAUGAUUUUAUACAAAAUAAUUUUUAUAAAUAUAUAAAGUUUUAUGAAGAUAAUCAAAACUCAUCAAAACAUAAUAUACAAACUCUACAGAAAGAAAAAAAAGUUUUGAUAAGUGCAGUCAAAAUACAAUACCAAAAGAUUCUACAACUACAAAAAUUAAUAGAAAAUCAAAAAAGUGAUAUAAAAAAAAAAACAGAAGAAUUAAAUCAAAUCAAAGCAAAAGUACAUCAGUACUUUUAUGAUAUAAAUAAUCCAAAUAAAAGAAUAUUCUCAAUACUUUCCCCGGACGUAUACUAA